GUGUGCUGGAGGCCAAGUCUACGGCGCCUUCCUUCUCUGUCCCUCCUUUUAUUCUCUCUCUCUUUCCCCGACGAGUCAACUACUCCUCCCUUCUCAUACCCUGACGACCCGACCGAGUCCUGUAUCGUCGCCGUCGUCGCUGUUUCUCCGGCGAACCAUUGAUACUCCUGCAUCUUUGUCUUCUCCUGUCAAACGACCUUUAGCAGCAUCUACUAAAACUAGCUGUUUCUUUUUCUUUUCUUCGCCAGAGCUCGACUAGGAUCCACUGAUUGAAUCUUCCCCCAUGCUCCUGGAGUUGUUUUGGCCUUCCUGGAUGGACUUCUCAUCCUCAGCAUUUCAGUGACAGUGGUUGUUCCUUACUGUUUUGAGGAGUUUAUUUUCCCGCGAAUGUUCUUAAAUCCAGAUUUUGGUGCAUAUCAGAAGUAUAGAUCAAAUGCCAUCACUCAAAAUGAAAACCAAGUCAACUGUGGGCUGUUUGAAAGAAAAAAGAGGUCUCCGCAUAUGCCCAAAAUCAACCAUGAUAUCCAAGAAUUCUCUCUUUGUUUCCAAAAUAGCUCAGAAUGCUGACGAACUUCAGACUAUUAUUCAACAUACUCACGAUGUUUGUUCAUGUGACGAAAAACGUUCUCAUGAUAGCGAAGCAAGCGAUGCUGACCAUGGGGAAUCAUUCAAUGGAGAACUCCUUCAAAAGCAGUAUAUGCCUUUCAUUGAUUCUACAGAUGUCAGUAGAAUGGAGUCUGCACCAGGAACCUGUACAAGCUCAGAGACGAUUUUCUCUCCCAUUUUAGAGUCUAUUGACAUUCAUAGUAAAUCAUAUACUGACUAUUAUGGAGGGAACAACAACCUGUAUGUGCCACAGUUGGAGACAGAAGAUAGUGAUGACAGCAGUAAAGGUUCAUGUGAAUACCAGACCUGCAGCAUAUCAGAUUUCUUUAUAUCUGACAUGAUUUUUUCUGGGCUACCAGUUGAUGGCAACUCAGUCUUUAAUGAUAAUGAUAGUACAGACACUAAGUUCUUGCCUGAUUACAAAUGUGAAGAACCACUUAAUUCUUUUGAUUGGACUGAGGAAACCAUGGUAAUGCCUUAUCUUAAGAAUGCUAUGGAAAGUGGCUAUAUUCAUGAUAUCAGAACAUGUGAAGAUGCUACAAUAGAUUCUUCUGAUUCGAGCUUGUAUCUUGCUAUCCAUCAAUUGAGAUCGUGCAACCAGGAAUCUGAUAUUAAUAUUUACUCAGAUGUGGAUCAGCCAGAUUCAUUUGAUCCACACAUGUUUAUAAGGAAUAUACCUGACUUGCCAGAUUUGGCUUCAGAUUUGCGGCCAACAAUACUGCCUAAGGAUAGCAAGAAAACAAAAUCUGUUACUCUUGUUCUUGACUUGGAUGAAACCCUAGUGCAUUCAACAUUGGAACACAGUGAUGAUGCUGAUUUCACCUUUCCAGUGUUUUUCAAUAUGAAAGAGCAUACAGUGUAUGUGAAACAGAGGCCUCACCUGCGGACAUUCCUGGAGAGAGUUUCUGAGAUGUUUGAAAUUGUAGUUUUCACAGCUAGUCAGAGCAUCUAUGCGAAGCAGCUUUUGGAUAUAUUGGAUCCAGAUGGCAAGCUUAUCUCUAGACGAGCUUACCGCGAAUCCUGCAUCUGCUAUGAUGGAAGUUAUACUAAAGACUUAACUGUUUUAGGUGUUGAUCUAGCAAAAGUUGUCAUAAUUGAUAAUUCUCCUCAGGUAUUCCGCUUGCAAGUCAAUAAUGGAAUUCCCAUCAAGAGUUGGUUUGAUGACCCCUCAGACUCCGCACUAAUGUCACUACUUCCAUUCCUUGAAACACUGGUUGACACUGAUGAUGUUCGGCCUAUCAUUGCUAAGAGAUUCGGUAACAAUGAAUGAGUGCUCCUUGCACUCAUUAGUUGUUUCUUUAACAUUUCGUGUCCCUUUUAUAUCAUUUUAAGCAAAACUUUCCUUCAUUUUAGAUGCUCAUUAUUCAAUUCUCUUUGAGCAUGGAUACAAUUUUUUUUCAUACAACAGGGAUAUUUUUCCAUGUUUUGGUCAGUUUUUCUUCUCCAUAGCCCUUUGAUGACUUGGUUAGUUAAGCUGAUUUCUGGGAGAAGGUAGUUUUAAAGGUUUUCGCCUUGUCUGCAUUGUACAGUUAUAUGCUUAAAGGUUUAAAGAUUGUGUAUAUUGUUAAACUCUUUUUUUGGGGAUAUUUUAGUGAUUUUUUCUUGGCGUUUACAUCUCUUUACUACAGCUGGAAGUUGCAUACCUAAUUGUUCAAUUAAUAUUGUGCCCUAUGCUAAAUAAAACGUUCUUGAAUUUUGGGGAAGCAUGCAACAAUUUGCUUCUGGGACUAAGAUAUGAGUGGCAUUGACUUUACCUCAUACCGUGGAUUGAGAGAUUGUUAGAAUCUUGUCAAUUAAUAAUAGCAUUCAGGGAGUAUUUGAACCAUUAUGUAACAUGUAUGAGCCAUCGAGAUUUUUUUUUUAAGUAGAAAAGGACAAUUAUGAGUUUUUAGAAAUAGGUGACUCCUGAAGAAUUUGGGGAAAUAGUUAAUCCGCAUAAUUAAAGAUGUUUUACAUUGUAAAAUUACAAAAUUCAGAAAAUACUGUUACUGGAUAAAGAAAAACAGAAAUCAAUUCAAAUUUAUAUGAUGAGUGUUAAAUUUCAAUACUGAUUUUGUGUUCUUUUUAACUGGAUAAAACUACUAGUGAUCUCUUAAUCUGGAUUGAGCUUCUUGUUUUCACAAGAUAACUUCGCAGAAUUAGAUUUAUCAAACUUGGUAGGGUGAGGAUAGAAAACGAUAGUAUUGGAUUGUUAACGUUUCUUGCUGUAUGUCUUUAAGACUGCUUUGCAUGAAUUGGUAUUUUCACUCCCUAAACCAGUUCCUCAUUCUCAUCCACCCAGGUGAUGAGAGUGGGAAAUGAACAACACCCGGAUACAUGAUUUGAAGUCACUGCAUGUGGCAGUUUAGUUGUCUGUACUAAGACUGCUAAUUUUAUAUUUUUAUGCUUUACAUCUUUGGUGAUAAGCUUUGUGAAUGUUUUUAAAUUUCCUCCACCACAAAAAAUGGAGAAAUUGCUUCUGUUGUUAUCACUUUCAGGAUUAGGAAUAACAUAUGUAUCUCAACCUAUGUAUUUUUCUUGUUUAUAUUGACAGAAGUGGAUGAUGGUAGUUACUUAUUUCCUUUUAUUUCUUUCAAAAUUUUAUACAAUUAAAUUGACCUCUAUUAGUUAUUGGAAAUUAUGUUACUAAGUUCGUUUCUUUCUGAAACCAUUGACUUAAAUAGAGUUUCUUUACUAAAAAAUUAAAGCAUAAUUAUGUCACUGGAGUAAAUACCUGAAGCUUGUGUAUAAAAAAAUGUAGGUCAAAACCCUGUUUGCAUGGGAGAAUAUUUUAAAGAGCAGUACCUUGUUAGGUGUUCUUCAGCAAUAAUGGUUAUAGUCAUACUUGAAUUUUAUAGGUUCAACAUGGAUAGUUGAAUUUUCUGUCAUCUUGAAUGACUUCUUUGAAAGUAUGUGAGUUUACACAUGAGUGGCACACUAGGUCUGGUCAUAAUGUUGUUUGAUUUUAGUUUGUGAAUGGAAGUUAAAUUCAGUGGUGAAUAAUAGCCAAUAAGUAAUCAACAAGAAAGAUGGACAAUGGAAAAUAUAAUAGAGAGAUCCUAUGGACGAAAACCUUAGCAUCCUUUGGGACAAUAAUCUUGUUCUGGAAAUUCUAUUCUAAGUGAUUCACAAACUUUGGUGAAAUGAGGAGGUCCACACUUGGAACUCUUCAAGCAGUUAGUCUAUCCCCAUUUAUACUUCGCUUUGAAGGAGUGUUUGCCCUUUUAGUGGAGGUUUUGUGGUUGAUUGUAGGAGGGGUUUGAGUUUUUUCUUCCUGUUGGGGUUUGCUUUGGAAAGAAGUGGCAUACAUUAGGGUAGUGCUUUAAAGUUGCUUGGCAUGUCUCUUUAUCAAGUUUUUUGAUAUCUGAUAAGUUUAAUGUUGUUAUUGUUUUCGGGAUAAUAUCACUGGUUAGGUUCAACAUAAUUGGCAAAUAAAAAACAGUCCAGCUUCUGGUGGCAACUUUACAUCCUUUCUAAACCAGUCUAAGAUGGUAUCCUUUUCAUAUUUUGGUUAGAGGUGCUUUAACAGAUGAGAAACAUCUUUUAGCUUCAGAAUGAAAUUAGUGGUCCUAGUAAUUAUGGAUACUUUUGCUAUUUUAAGGUUGGAAAAUUUAAUCUUUGGAGUAAUUAAGCUACUGGGAUACGAUGUAAUCUAUCAUUAGAUUGUAGUGGUUAUUGAGUCUCAGCUACAAGUGGGUAUCAUUCUUAGUUUACCAGGAAGUAUUUAAGUGGUUGUUAGUGGCUGGGCUGCAUCCAUUGAGCUCCUACAAUCUUCAUUUGAGCUGUUUGAUAUAUGUGUGUGGUAUAGCCCUUGGGGACAUCUGGAUACCUUUUGAAGGAUGUAUUUCUACAAUGCUUUUAAGUUUAGCAAAAUAUGGGAAUUUUUAUUUGAUUGAUUAUUGGACGUGGAGGAUAGAUUUUUGGAACAGCUUCCUGUUUGGCACAUGAGCAAUAAUUACAAUCAUACAGGACUAGGAGAUUAGGACACGUCAUGUUUAGCAUAACAUGAUGAACUUUACAAUUAACAAUUUCAACAUUUUGUUUAACAAACUAUUUAUGAACUGAGAGAGGUCAUUUGAUAGCUUAAUGAACAGUAAACUAGACACCAAGGCGCAACACAUUUUAUAGUCUUUGCCAGAUGAAGGUGAUGGCUGGUCGACUUGCAUGGAUCAGGAGGCGAUAAUGAUGUUUGACAAAUAUCCUCUGCUCAUGACAUUUUUGUAUAGUUUCUUUACAACUUUGAAUGCCUUAUCUGCAGGUCAUGAGAAGAUACAUAAUGUUAUCGCUACCAAAUCGCAUAAAAUUAGGUACGCAGUAUUGAAUUCAUGUUUGUUUUUGCUAAACAUUGAGAGGAGAAUCAACAAGUUUAAGAUCUGUACUGAUUUUGACACAUUAAAAUUGGUGGGAAUAUUAGAAUAAAUUCAUGUUCUAUGUUACAUUGUGA